AGUCGGCGGCCGGCUUUCGACUGGUGCGCACACCUCAGCAGCUCCGAGAGUGGCCUGACUCCGUGGAGGAUCACAAUCUAAAAAUUGUGACCGUGGCCAAUGUCGUGAAAACACGUGACUAGCGUGUCACAAUUAUUCCACGCAACAUUUCAACGCUUCUAGCUCCGGUUUCAGCCAGUUAUCAACAAAAAGUGCACUUCUGUAUACUGCUAAGGAAGUGACAAUGCUGUGCAUUGGACGUACCAGCGGAAUGUCGUGAUGGUCUUGGUGCGAAGUGUCAAACUCAUGUGACGUGAGGAAUACUGUAUAAUAUGUGUGAUAUCUGUGUGAUGUGAUAAAUAUACAUUAUUUUGUGAAAUUAAUAUGGCGUAAGACAUAUUCAUUAUUAUAUUGUGAUAUUCAUAUGACAUCCCGUCUGAUAUUUUAAAUGAAACAUGCCAUUUCGGUGGCCCAGUAUGCUUAAGGAUACCCUCAGUGGGCUUAUGUUUCUCCUCGCCGCCGCGACUCUAAUGGUGCUCGCGCUGCACCAUGGCGCUGUGGCGCCGCGUCCAGCGCCCUCCCGCCCCUCUGCCCCUGUCAGAGGCGGCCGCAGAGCGUUCAGGGAGCAGCUGUGGCACCAGUGUCGGAACGUGCUGCUCAUGAGCCAGCUCCAGUUCCCCUGGGAAGUGGACGGCCGGCGUCGGCGGUGCCGGAAAACACAUCGCUCCGUCGAGGAAAUGCUGGAGGGGCUUCGGAAAUUGCAAAAAUCUCAGCCGGGUGAACGAGCCGCCAACGUAGUCUUCAUUGGAGACAGCAGGGUCUAUGGCCUCCAAUCAACUCUGAUGAAAAAACUCAACAUGAGACCGGCUAAUUUCAGUAAUGUGCCCCUGUUCUACAGUGGGAUAUUCUAUUCCAAGGAAGAGCUUCGGAGGGCUAUCCCGUCCUCCGAGAAGCUGUCCGAUCUAAGGAGUGGAUGCACAGAGGCAAAGAUCUACGCUCCGCCAGGUGCGGGGGGCCGGGCGCGCUGUUCGCUGGCAGGUGAGACUGCCACCCUGCGCGGCACGUCCUGGUGGCGACCGUUCCUGCAGCGGCGCUUCGGUGAGCGCCUGGACGCGCUGCUUGCCGAGUGCGAGGUGGGCCGCUGUGCGGACCUGGUGGUCCUCAGCAGUGGCCCGUGGUACGUCACCGCGGAGAGGUACCCCGGAGAAGGAGUCACCAGGCGGGUGGUGAGAUUCAUCGCUGACCUAGCCGCGCAGAGAGCCAGAAUCGCGCGACUGGCGGCUGCCACCAAAGUUGUGUGGAAAGAUAAUGAACCAUUUAUGCCGGAGAUUGCGUACGGACGCAAAUGGCACAUCACCAGAUCGCUGAUGGUUCUGUCGGCCGUGGUUCACGAGGCGGCGAGCCGUGUUCCCCGGCUGUCUGUGUGGACCAGCGGUGUGGCCGAGGUCACGCAGUUCUACCACAGUGUGUGCGUGACCCAUCGGAGCAACUUCAGCGCCGUGACCGGGCCGGUCAGGGGCGAGUGUCGCGAUCCCAUGCACGUGGGAAAGACGCUCUCUUGGAGAAUGCUGCAAACUCUUUUUAAUGUUCUACUGUUUGAUGUGAACACACCCUCUCAAGGUUUGUGCUGUGGAUCGUGAAAAAGUGGUUUCCCGAAAUGAAUGAAUACAGCAUUGGGGCUUGUCACCAACGACAACUACUUACGGGAAUACCUGAGAACGGGUAGGACCCAGGCAUAGAAUAGACUUGUAUUGUGCAAUUGCGUAACUAAACCGUGGGUGCUUUAUCAAACUGAUGUAGGUGCCGGUAUAAAUGUUGUUAAACUGGGACAUGUUAUAAGUACCUGUAGGCGAUCUUCUUUUUAUUUAUUCAAGAAGCUAUCAGGAAGACUUCGGCUCCCUCGGUCAGCCAUGGCGGCAUGUGUUGUAUUUGCUUCCAUUUUACUGAUCGAUUAUUUGGACUGCAUGUUUUGAAAAUUUCGCAAAAUUGUACAACAAUUGUGUGUUGAAUGUGGAGGGCAUACUCGGUGUGGCUUCGAACCGAUCGAUAUUUUGCUGUUUUACUUAUGUUACGUUUUAUUUUUAGCGUUUUUUACUGUUGACUUGGAUGACAAAGGGCGCCGGAGCACUCCUGAGAUCUCCUUUGAAUAUAAAUAAAAGGCUGGGUCACAAGACCGUCUGCACUUAAUA